UGAAUGUGUGACCACUCCUGAUAUUUGUGGUUUGAACUCCAUCUGCAACAACACAGUGGGGUCGUACUACUGCACAUGCCUAACUGGGUUCAAUGCUACAGGUCCUGGAGGAGCAAACUGUGAAGAUAUCGACGAGUGCCUUGAGGAUGUGUGUGGUCCUGGGAAAUGUAUCAACGAGCCAGGCAGUUUUAUGUGUGACUGCAGAAAAGGCUUUGAAGAAAAAUACACAGCAGCACCUGUUUGUCAAGAUAUCGACGAAUGUAAGGAUAAUGCAAUCUGCGGCCCCGUAUCCAUUUGCAGCAACAAACGUGGUUAUUACAACUGUUCAUGUCAAGUGGGCUACGAACCACUUGAUCCGGCGCUGGAAGCCAGUCCGAUCAACAUCUGCGUCGAUAUUGACGAGUGUUUUGUUGACCCUGACAUCUGUGGUCCGAAUGCCAACUGCACCAACGGGAUUGGAUCCUAUUACUGUAGCUGCAACUCUGGCUAUCGAAUAACAGAUGAUAAGAAGAUAGCCAGCCAUUCUAACCCCUGCAUAGACAUCGACGAGUGUGCUGAGACCCCAGGAUUAUGUGGCAAGAACACAGUGUGCACUAAUGUACCAGGAACCUUCUAUUGUUCAUGUUCAGAUGGGUUUUACCCAUCGUCGGGAAUCGUGUGGACGUGGAAUGUGACGUUUUGUAAAGCUUUACAGGAGGCAGUGGAUGAGCUAAAUGUCAAAGAGGGGGAGUCCAAAGAAAAAGCUUUUCUUGACAAAAUGGGAAAAGAACUGGAAGAAAACGCGGGCAUUUCUUUACCAGGACCGGUGAGUUUGAAAUAAAUGAACAUCAUCUCAGACUUUUCAGUCAUUUGUUCUCAUGUCUUGGGGAUGUUCAAACUGUGGUGCAUUUAAGCCCCCACUCUUUUUUGUCUUUUCCUGCAGACGGUGACAAACAGCUUUGCCGCCCCACUCUUGAGUACUUCACUGACACUUCACUGACACUGCUCUACUGAGUCUGAACCAGGCCAUGUGUCUUUAUCUCAUGUAUUUUGUUUGUUAAAGGAAGUGUGCGGUGUUGGACCACGUGCCAGAUCAGUGACAGUGAGCAGUGAAGGCAACGCAGAGUCCGGCAGUCUGAUUCUGGACAUGUCAGACCGUUUGCUGACCGCCAUGGUGGCCAUAGGUCUGUACAAAAAUAAGACCAACCUGAGGAGUCCUACAGUGGAUUUGACUUUGCAAACAAUUGAACCUGGAACCAACAUGGGAGAAAAUGCCUUGCUGUCAGCCAAUGAAAACACCAUGGAAAUCGACUUGGAUGGUUUGUCCAAAAACAACAAAAACGCUGCAGCCGCCGCCUUCCUGACACUGAGUGGGAUGGAGAGUCUCCUCAGCCAUCAGUACUUCCAUACUGAAAACAAAACAGAGAUGUACUCUGACAUCGUCACUGCAGUCCUGCCCACAGUCAACAACACAAACCUCACGGAACCGGUCAAUUUCACCAUCUAUCACAAAAAGUCCAUAGCUGAUUCUGGUAUGGUGACCUGUGUGUACUGGGAGGACAAGUCCAAAGAGUUGGGAAAUGCCAAAUCAGCAGAUAAGACAAAGGCCAUGCGUUGGUCAGUGGACGGAUGUUCUGUCGCCUUCACUAAUGAAAACUACACAGUUUGCAGCUGCACCCAUCUCUCCACCUUCGCCCUCAUCCUGCAGAUAGCAGAGCCUCCACCUGACGAUCCAUUCUUGGCCCGGCUCCGCGUGUGUGUGUGUGUCGGACUCUUCUUCUUCGGUCUGGCCAUUCUCACCUUCCUGCUGUGCAGCUGGAACCCCAAGAUCAACAACACCGCCCGGCUACACCUCUGCCUCAACCUGGCCUUGUCUCAUCUACUGCUGCUGUGGAACGACAGAUACAUCGACCAUGAGCUGGCCUGCACUGUCAUGGCUGGGCUCCUCCACUUCCUUGUUGUUGCAAGUUUCGUGUGGAUGCUGCUGGAGGCAUGUCAGCUGUACCUGCUGGUGCGUCGGCUCUCCAAGGUGCAGGUCAUCCAGAGGGAUGGUCUUCCUCGACCACUGCUCUACCUGCUGGGCUACGGUGUCCCGUUUGUCAUUGUUGGUGUUUCUGCGCUCAUAUACUCUGACGGAUAUGGUGCAACGGAGGGGGGGUCGGUGCUGGCUGUCACAGAGACGCAGCUUCAACUGGGCCUUAACAGGACCAGUGGUCACUGUGCUUGGAGUGAGUCUGUGGAGCCGAUACUCUCAGCCAGGGGUCUCAAACUCAAACCAGCCGGGGACUCUGCUGCUACCAUCAUUUCACUUAACUGCCUGUUGUUUCUGGCUACGUUAUGGAGCCUGAAGCCCACCCUGGCCAACAUGAAGAGUGACGUCUCACAGUCCAAGGACACCAGACUGAUUUUGUUCAAGAUCCUGGCCCAGUUUGUCAUCCUGGGCUGUACCUGGGUCCUGGGUCUGUACCAGAGCAACCUCUUCUUCCAGGUUAUGUUCAUUCUGCUCAACUCCCAGCAGGGGACCUUCCUGUUCAUUGUCCACUGUGUGCUCAACAAGGAGGUCAGAGAAGAGUACAUCAAGUUGCUGACCUGCACGUUCAACAAGCCCAGAGAAGGAGGAAGAGAAGGAUCUGUGAAAGAUAUUCCGUCAGUUUCCGAGGACAUGGACAAGGAUGAAGAUCCAAAAAAUGAAGAAUGAUGACCUUAUACCAUAUACCCUUAUAUAUAUAUGUACACACAGUAUGCUGUCUGUCUGUAUGUCUCUGUGUACUAUUGCAGUUCCCUCUGUGAUCUGUGGGUGAAUGUCUUUAAAACUGUAAUAACUUUAGUAACCAAUGCCAUUUUUUUUAAAUUAAUUGAACUUUUCAAAUCAUCAUGGCAUUAAUUUUCGGAUGUUCGGUGCAACAACUUCAGCAUCAGACGCUGACCCUGAU